AUGAGUGGCAGGAACCCUUACGCAAACGGAUACGGAUACUCCGAUACCAGCCGCUAUGACCGCGGUGAUGGUGGAUACGGCGGCAGCAGUAACAGCCUUGGGAUGAACGGCUACGGAGGAGGCAGUGCGGAGAGAGAGCGUCGCCCAGGUGGAUACGGUGGCUUCUAUCCAGAGCCUUCAUCAUCUUCCUUGUCACCGGGACAGUCACCUGAACGACGACGGGAAAGACAGGAAAGAGAUGGUGACCACUCAUCGUCGCGAUCGCGCACAAGGGACGGAGAGGCUGAUAGGAGGGCACUCGGUUCUCGGGAUGGGCGCCCUCGCGGAGACAAUAGCUGGUUAGGGAGUAAUAGCAGCGGCGAGAAUGUUACCGGGCAUGCGGCGGGUCCCCAGGCCAUCGAAGGUUCGGAUUGUACCUCUUCUUUCUCUUACCUUUCGCCAGGGGAGGCAUGA